CAUAGUACAUACACACUUGUUGAGAGGGAGAGAGUGGAGUAGCAGAGCAAGAGGUAGAGGUUGGAGAUAGAUAUAAACCCGGUUUGGGUUCACAAGCAGAGGCACACAGAGGGUUUUGGAAGCUGAGAAUGGAGGAGAGGCCAGAGACAGAGUUGAUAUCGAUACCGGCGACGCCGAGAGCGUCGACGCCGGAGAUACAGACGCCGACGGGGCAGAGGUCGCCGAGGCCGGCGUCUAACAGGGAGGGGAAGACCUCGACGGCGUGGACUCCGACGUCGUUUAUAUCCCCUCGGUUUCUGAGCCCCAUUGGGACGCCGAUGAAGAGGGUGCUGAUCAACAUGAAGGGUUACUUGGAGGAGAUGGGUCAUCUCACGAAGCUCAACCCUCAGGACGCUUGGCUUCCCAUCACCGAGUCUCGCAAUGGGAACGCUCACUACGCUGCGUUUCACAACCUCAAUGCCGGGGUUGGCUUCCAGGCCCUGGUUUUGCCCGUUGCCUUUGCCUUUCUCGGCUGGAGUUGGGGAAUACUUUCUUUGACCAUAGCCUACUGUUGGCAACUCUAUACUCUCUGGAUUCUAGUUCAGCUACAUGAGGCAGUUCCAGGAAAGCGGUACAACAGAUAUGUGGAGCUUGCAGAAGCAGCAUUUGGGGAAAGAUUGGGUGUCUGGCUUGCUCUCUUCCCGACUGUUUAUUUAUCAGCCGGAACGGCAACAGCUUUGAUUCUUAUAGGAGGGGAGACCAUGAAACUAUUUUUUCAGAUAGUUUGCGGGCCCCUCUGUUCAUCGAAUCCCCUUACAACAGUAGAGUGGUAUCUGGUGUUUACUUCUCUAUGCAUUGUUCUAUCUCAGCUCCCAAACCUCAAUUCAAUUGCUGGACUUUCUCUCAUAGGGGCUGUAACAGCCAUCACUUACUCCACCAUGGUGUGGGUCCUCUCCGUAAGCCAACAAAGGCCACCACUAAUAUCAUAUGAACCCCUUUCAUUGCCGUCCUUCAAUGCUUCUCUCUUUUCAGUCUUGAAUGCACUCGGAAUUAUAGCCUUUGCAUUUAGGGGACACAAUUUGGUUUUAGAGAUCCAGGCAACUAUGCCAUCGACAUUUAAGCACCCAGCUCAUGUUCCUAUGUGGAGAGGAGCCAAAGUUGCCUACUUCUUUAUUGCCAUGUGCUUGUUCCCUGUUUCCAUUGGAGGCUAUUGGGCUUACGGAAAUCUUAUGCCUUCAGGAGGGAUUCUUAAUGCCUUGUAUGCAUUUCACAGUCACGACAUUCCAAGAGGACUUCUUGCAAUGACUUUUCUGCUAGUUGUGUUCAACUGUUUGAGCAGUUUCCAGAUAUACUCCAUGCCUGUUUUUGACAGCUUCGAAGCCAGCUACACGAGCCGAACCAACCGCCCCUGCUCGAUUUGGGUCAGGUCUGGUUUUCGUGUAUUCUAUGGAUUUGUCAACUUCUUCAUAGGAGUGGCACUCCCUUUCCUCUCCAGUCUUGCUGGUCUGUUGGGAGGACUCACACUUCCAGUCACAUUUGCUUACCCUUGCUUCAUGUGGGUUCUCAUAAAGAAGCCUACAAAAUACAGCUUCAAUUGGUACUUCAACUGGAUCCUUGGCUGGUUAGGAAUUGCUUUUAGCUUGGCCUUUUCCAUUGGAGGAAUCUGGAGCAUGGUUAACAAUGGACUUAAGUUGAAAUUCUUCAAGCCCAACUGAGAUUUAGGCAAAGAAAGCUUAAUGGGGGGGCUUUGGAGUUUUUCAGAGUUAAUGUAAUGUUGGAAUUAUAUUAUGUUGUUUUCUAUACAGUAACUGUCAUGUAAGAACCUCUUCCCUGUGGCUUAUAUAUAGUAGUAAACUGUUGUCUUGUUGAAUUCA